UAGAGGAGGGAGGGGGGCUGUGAAACGUCAAAGAAAGCUCGAAGUCUUUUGCCACGUAAUUACGAGAGCCUUACAGCUUCAUCUUCUCUCCCAGGGGUCUCAAUUUUUCAUUUACAAUCCACUCCACUCACUGCAUGCCAGUGAGCGCACCGUUUGAAGUGCCAGAACGUGUGUUCCCGAGAGAAGAGUGCGGCGUGGACUGGAGUGGACUGGAGUAGAGGAGAGAGCCAACAGCGUCUGAAAGGCGGUGGAGUGUCCUGCCUCCUCUAACCUUCAGCCAGCUAACUUUACGCAAAUGCAUCUGACAGGCAUCAGCAUUUAGAUCCGCGCUCAGUCAACAACUCCGUGGAGCUCGAGGAGCUUUUCGUAUUGAACAACAGUGCUGAACCAACAGAAUUUUGCAGAAGAGAUUCUAUGGCUAUGAGUGGACGGAUUCAAUCGACUUUAUGGUCUUCACAGUCAUAUUAAGUUACACAAAGUUGUAGAUACUUUACUGUCCCACCUGGUUCUGUGGGAACAGCUUUCAUAGUGAGCACAGGCAACACAGGCAACUACGACAUUUCGCAUUGGUUUGGAGGCGCUGUUUCAUGUGAUAUUGUCUUCAAAUAUAUGCAAGGAGGAUCACUUUGGUAAACCUAAUACCGUUGCCCCAUUUUUUCCCCUCUUGCAUCGUAUUUGCGUCAUGACUUCUAGCUAUGCUCAUGUAAUGGACAGACACGCAACCAUAUCCAGCAGACUGGAGAGUCCCAUUACAGCCAACCUGGAAAACCUGCAGGCCAAAAAGAACUUCUCGGUGAGCCACCUGUUGGAUCUAGAGGAGGCUGGGGAAAUGGUCGGUUCUCAGACGGACGAGAGCGUAGGGGAACCGGGCAGGACUAUGCUGGAAUCCCCGGGUUUGACCAGCGGCAGUGAUACAACACAGCAGGAGAAUGAGCAGCUAAACUCAGAAGAGAAAAAGAAGCGGAAACAGCGGAGGAACAGAACCACGUUCAACAGCAGCCAGCUGCAGGCUCUGGAACGAGUGUUUGAGCGGACACACUACCCAGAUGCCUUUGUUAGAGAGGACCUGGCACGCAGGGUUAAUCUCACUGAAGCUAGAGUUCAGGUGUGGUUUCAAAACAGACGGGCAAAGUUUCGUCGUAAUGAGCGGGCAAUGCUAGCCAGUAAGAACGCUUCACUCCUCAAAUCCUACUCAGGAGAUGUAACGGCAGUGGAGCAGCCCAUCGUCCCCCGUCCUGCACCCCGUCCAAAUGACUACCUUUCCUGGGGGACUGCUGCUCCUUACAGCUGGUACCCAAGGCCGGAGGGAGGGCCAAUGCGAGUGCCACAGAAAAUGCUGCCCACAGAAAGCAACGCCAUGGCAACCUACCCACCCACUUGUGCCAACACCACUUCCACCCAGGGAAUGAAUAUGGCCAACAGCAUUGCUAACCUGAGACUGAAAGCCAAAGAGUACAGCCUCAACCAGGUGCCCACUGUCAACUAAGCCUGAAAAGAGGGAUGAGAAGAGGGGACAACAGAGGAGCACGAGAUGAUGAGAAGAGAAGAUCUCAGAGGAGCUGGAAGAGUUUGCCUGUAGUAGAGAUUUUUUUUUUGGCGUACCUCAGCGUACAGUGGAUAUUAAUUUUCACCCCCUCCUACAACAAUGGAAUUGCACUGUGGCCCCUUUUAUUUGUCUUUUUUCCUUCAACACCAAUGAAGGGACUUAUCAGAAAAACUGAAUCUAAUUUCGUACUGAACUGGAGACUGUAAGACAACGCAAGAUCUGCUCCUUGGUGAACAAGUCAAUGAGCAGUGCUCCGCUAAAUGAGUAAGACGUAGCAGACAGAGUGUCUGGAUGCUGUAAGCUCUCCUUUCUUUGUUCUUUUAUGGCUUAAUUUUGGGUCAACUGGAUGAGACGUAAAGAAAAUUUCAUGGCAAACAAUGGAGGACUGUUGUUCACCACUGAACAAUUUAAAUAACACCAGGACUAGAUGUGUCUGUUUGAUGCUGAGUUUUGGCAAAAGAAUCACCAAAAACAAAUUCCACUACAGCCAGUGGUAACAAAGACACAUUAGUGGAUUUUUAAUCAGUGGCAACUGUCUAGACAUUGAAUAUCGAUGUUUACAAUUGUCAAUGCAAAUGGUCAGGUUUGGGCUGGAUUGCAACAUCUUAAUGUUGGUUCUAGACUAUUACACCACUGUUUAGGCUAAGUGCUGUUCCCCAUGGUGACUUAUGUAUCUGCUCACUGUUCCCUAACACAAUUGUGUUUGAGUUUUUUUUUUUUUUUUUUUUUUUUUUUGAGGUGACAAGUUGUGUUUUUUUUUUUUUUUGGAUCAUAUUUUUCCUUCUUAUAUUUGGAAAUAUAUGGUAAUAAAAGCAUUUUCAAGCAAUCAGUCAUAUACUAUUGUGUUGGAUUCUGCAGUCGAAAAGACACUUUGUUUAGUGACUUUUUUUGUUGUUUUACUAAAUGCUGACAUUUGAGAAAUUGUUGCAGGCAACAGUGUAACUACAUCAUGACCUUGUCUAAAAUGUCUUAUUUGUGUAAGUUGAAACCAACAUUUAAGAAUGACCAAUGCUACAAAAUAAAUAAGGUAAAAAUGAAUAUUGUAAAUAUUUUGCUGGUUAUAGAUAUGCCCUUGGAAUUUUGGAUUUAACCUAUAUCCAUAAGAAAGUUUUUUGACUGACCUGUUGUUAACUUUUUGUGGAAAACUGUCUUCUCAUCUAUGCCCAUCUUUAAAAACUGAAUAAUACACAUAUAAAUACAGCAGAGAUUAUCAAUGGAUGUUUGUUCUGCUUUAUUUAAAUGUGUAUUAUUCAGUGUCAUCAGAAAUUAUUUUUGAUAGUCAUGGAAUACUGCGCAACUUUGCACGUUAUUUUGCAACGUGAGGUGGACCUUUGAGAUUUUAAUCCUGUCUAAACAUCUCUGUUGAUCCUUAAUGGUUUGUACACACAAAGAUGGGAUAAGUUAUAUUUUGUAGUCCAGUUCACAUUAAACUGAAUUUAAAUGACUCGUGUAAACCAGCUUAUAAGCUCAAAAAGAGACUUUGUUGGAUACUGUGUUGCAGUUUACUACUGUUUCUGUUUGUAACCAGCAGCAAGUCAAGAUUAUACAAGACAGACAAUAAAUAACAAAAAAUAAACCUAAUCAAUGUAAAUAAC